AUGUCUUUAGAAAUCUCAACCCUCUUCAGCGUAAAAGGCCGCGUCGCCGUCGUCACAGGCGGAAGCAGCGGCAUCGGCCUGAUGAUAGCAAAGGCACCCCAGGGCCUCGUGACAAACGGCGCAAACGUCUACAUCGUCGCCCUCCCCACCGACCCAAUAACCCCCACCGUCUCGACCCUCAACGCCCUAGCAACCCAAACCCUCUCCUCCGGCUCCGCACACGGCUACGCCUGCGAUCUCUCCUCGAAAGCCGCAAUCGCAAACCUAGCAGCGUACAUCUCGUCCCGCGAAAACGGAACCCUCGACAUCCUAGUCUCGAACGCGGGCAUCCGCCGCGAUCCACCGGUGCAAUGUGACGUGCUGACUGCGCCGCUGUCGACGCUGCAGGAGUCCAUGUUUUCACGGACAGAGGAGGACUGGGAGGAUACGUUUAACAUCAACACAACGGCGCAUUAUUUCCUGGGCGUGGCGUUCUUGCCGCUUCUUGCUCAGGCUGCUGCUGCUGGUCCGGGUGGAGAUGGAUCCCGAUGCAUGGGUGCUGGCCGCGGCGCGGAGGAAGGACGCGGGGUCAUGCUUGUUAUGAGUUCGUGUGCGAGCAUGCAUAAUGUUACGAAUGUGGAUUUGAGCUCUUAUGCGGCUAGUAAGGCGGCGACGGACCAUUUGGUUAGGUUGCUGGCGGCGAAGUUUGCGAGGUGGUAUGUGCGUGUUGUGGGGGUGAAUCCGGGGUGUGCCUUGCUGAUGAGGGAUGCAGUCGUGCCGAGUAAGAUGAACCCUGUUGGGGCGGAGGGGAACAUGUUCGCUGGAUUGUUCGACAAGGUUCCUGCUAGGAGGGCGGGGAGGGAGGAGGAUCUUGCGGGGACGGUGCUGUAUCUUGUUUCGAAGGCUGGGGCGUAUGUGGAUGGGGUGUCGCUUUGCGUAGAUGGGGGGAGGGUCUUGGUUGCGAAUGGGCAGGAGUGA